UAUCCACGGCUCGGCCAUUAUUCUAGGCCUAUAGCCUGGUCCAGUUCCUGUGUCAUCUCCUAGUGGCUUGGCGCCGAGGCUGCGAUACCCAAGGCUGGAGCCGCAGCGGGAGCCCCGGAUGGUAUUCUCCAAACUCUCAGGAAGAAGUCAAGAAUUAAGGAGACCUGGAGAGGAACCUUUCUUAAAAGACAAUGACAAGAGAAAAUUGGGCCCACAGCGCUCUGAGACAAGAGGGUCUUGUGAAAGGAAAGGACGAUACCUGGAAAUGGGGAACCAGCUUCCAAGGGAGCAGCUCCUCUGUUUGGGAGACCUCCCACCUGCACUUUAGACAGUUACGUUACCACGAGACAUCUGGACCCCAGGAGGCUCUGAGCCGGCUCCGGGAACUCUGUCGCCGGUGGCUGAGGCCAGAAGCACGCACCAAGGCGCAGAUCCUGGAGCUGCUGGUGCUGGAGCAGUUUCUGAGCAUCCUGCCUGGGGAGAUUCGGACCUGGGUGCAGCUCCAUCGCCCUGGCAGUGGCGAGGAGGCUGUGGCCUUGGUAGAGGAACUGCAGAAAGACCUCGAUGGACCAGCACUAAAAGUUCCAGUCCUUGUCAAGGAUCAGGACGUUUUCCAGAAGGAGAUGAGCACUCCAGGAACAACACCUCCCACACCCAUUGGCCGCCACAUAGCAGCUGAGAUUUGCCCAAAUCCUCUUACUGACCAAGUGGUGUUCAACCUCCAGGAUCCUCAACAUGAUUCUUCUGUACCUGAAGCUUCUGCCCUUUCUCAGGAAGAGAAUCCAAGAAAUCAAUUAAUGGCACUUAUGCUCCUAACAGCCCAGCCCCAGGAGUUGGUGAUGUUUGAGGAGGUAUCAGUAUGCUUCACUUCAGAGGAAUGGGCUUGUCUGGGCCCAAUUCAGAGGGCCUUGUACUGGGAUGUGAUGCUGGAGAAUUAUGGAAAUGUGACCUCCCUAGAAUGGGAGACCAUGACCGAGAAUGAGGAGGUGACAUCAAAGCCAAGUAUUUCUCAAAGGGCAGACUCUCAGAAAGGAACAUCAAAAAGACUUCAAGGAGGUGUUCCCCGGUUCCUUGAUUUUGAGGAAGAGUGUGAAUGGCAAGUUUUGUCAAGGCAGUGGGAAAAUGAAACAGGGGAAAGGACAGAUAUAGUGAAGAAAGGUUCCCUUUGUGAACGAAACAGGAAGAAAAGGACUCCACCAGAAAAACGAAGCCAAAAAUGGAAGGAAUUUGGAGAAAGCUUGACUUUAGGUUCAGCUUUUUCUGAAAGUUUAGUAGGUACUGAAGGAAAGAAGUUUUUUAAAUGUGAUAUAUGUUGUAAACAUUUCAAUAAAAUCUCCCAUCUUAUAAACCAUCGGAGAAUCCACACUGGUGAGAAACCUCAUAAAUGUAAGGAGUGUGGAAAAGGCUUUAUUCAGCGCUCAAGCCUUCUCAUGCAUUUACGGAACCAUUCUGGGGAGAAACCUUAUAAAUGUAAUGAGUGUGGGAAAGCGUUUUCUCAAAGUGCUUACCUUCUAAACCAUCAGAGAAUCCACACUGGGGAGAAACCUUACAAAUGUAAGGAGUGUGGAAAAGGCUUCUAUAGACACUCAGGCCUUAUUAUACAUUUAAGGCGCCAUUCGGGGGAGAGACCUUAUAAGUGUAAUGAGUGUGGGAAAGUUUUCUCUCAGAAUGCUUACCUCAUUGACCAUCAAAGGCUCCACAAAGGGGAAGAACCUUAUAAAUGUAAUAAGUGUCAGAAAGCUUUCAUUCUGAAGAAGAGCCUCAUUCUGCACCAGAGAAUCCACUCUGGGGAGAAACCCUAUAAAUGUGAUGAAUGUGGAAAAACCUUUGCUCAGACCACUUACCUUGUUGACCAUCAGCGACUCCACAGUGCAGAGAACCCUUACAAGUGUAAAGAAUGUGGAAAAGUUUUUAUUCGAAGUAAAAGCCUCCUCUUACACCAGAGAGUCCACACAGAAAAGAAAACCUUUGGUUGUAAAAAAUGUGGAAAGAUUUUCAGUUCUAAGUCAAACCUCAUUGAUCAUAAGAGGAUGCACAGCAGAGAGAAACCUUAUAAAUGCGGUGAAUGUGGGAAAGCCUUCACUCAGAGUGCUUACCUCUUUGACCACCAGAGACUCCACAAUGGGGAGAAACCCUAUGAAUGUAAUGAAUGUGGGAAAGUUUUUAUUCUGAAGAAAAGCCUCAUUUUACAUCAAAGGUUCCAUACUGGAGAGAAUCUCUAUGAAUGUAAAGAUUGUGGCAAGGUCUUUGGCUCUAACAGAAACCUCAUUGAUCAUGAGAGACUCCACAAUGGGGAGAAGCCAUAUGAAUGUCGAGAGUGUGGGAAAACCUUUAUCAUGAGCAAAAGUUUCAUGGUUCAUCAGAAACUCCAUACACAAGAAAAAGCCUACAAAUGUGAGGAUUGUGGGAAGGCUUUCAGUUACAAUUCAAGCCUGCUUGUACAUCGGAGAAUCCACACUGGGGAAAAGCCCUUUGAAUGUAGUGAGUGUGGAAGAGCUUUCAGUUCAAACAGAAACCUUAUUGAACAUAAGAGAAUCCACAGUGGUGAGAAACCCUAUGAGUGUAAUGAGUGUGGCAAAUGCUUCAUUCUGAAGAAGAGCCUCAUUGGACAUCAGAGGAUUCACACAAGGGAAAAAUCUUAUAAAUGCAAUGACUGUGGGAAAGUCUUUAGUUACCGCUCAAACCUUAUAGCCCAUCAGAGAAUCCACACUGGCGAGAAGCCUUAUGCAUGUAAUGAGUGUGGGAAGGGCUUUACUUACAACAGAAACCUUAUUGAACAUCAAAGAAUUCACAGUGGGGAAAAAACCUAUGAAUGUCAUGUAUGUAGAAAAGUCCUUACCUCUAGUAGAAAUCUUAUGGUACAUCAAAGAAUCCAUACUGGAGAGAAACCUUAUAAAUGUAAUGAGUGUGGAAAAGACUUUAGUCAGAAUAAAAACCUUGUUGUACAUCAGAGAAUGCACACUGGGGAAAAGCCUUAUGAGUGUGAGAAGUGUAGGAAAUCCUUUACUUCUAAGAGAAAUUUAGUUGGCCACCAGAGAAUCCACACAGGAGAGAAACCUUAUGGGUGUAAUGAUUGUAGUAAAGUUUUUAGGCAAAGAAAAAACCUUACUGUACAUCAGAAAAUCCAUACAGAUGAAAAACCUUGUGAAUGUGAUGAGUCUGAAAAAGAAUGCUCUCAGACUUCAAACAUUUCAUCUUCAACAAAAAAUCCGUACUGUGGAGGAAUUCUCUUGGCUACAAAAUACCAGUGAGUCCAAGAUAGAGAGCCAGAAAAUCUAGUGUCAUAUGUAAAAUGGAGUAGCAUUCCUGCCUAUUUA